AGUUGAGAAAUAGUUGCUGAACACUGAUAACUCUCUAUAGAUGGCAUAUUACGAACACAUUGUCUUUGAUGAUGAUUUAUCAUCUGACAACAGCUCGGAGUUCGGUUCGGGGGACAUUGGAGCCAACUUUGAGGUCCCAUGCGACGUGGAGGUCAGUCACGAAUUCCAGAGGAUCUUUCUUCCCACCGUGUAUGGAAUCAUAUUCGUUUUGGGCUUUAUCGGCAAUGGAUUGGUGAUUCUGGUGAUGGGCUGCCAGGGAAAAUCCAGAACCAUGACAGACAAGUACCGUCUGCACCUUUCCGUGGCGGACCUCCUGUUCGUGCUCACCCUGCCCUUCUGGGCCGUGGACGCGGCUAAAGACUGGUACUUCGGUGGUUUCAUGUGCGUGGCCGUGCACAUGAUCUACACGGUGAAUUUAUACAGCAGCGUCCUCAUCCUCGCCUUCAUCAGUCUGGACCGGUACCUCGCCGUGGUGCGCGCCACGAACAGCCAAGGACCGAGGAAACUUCUGGCCAGUCGCAUCAUCUACGUGGGCGUGUGGCUCCCCUCGGCGCUCCUCACCGUCCCCGACCUGGUGUUCGCCAAGGCGGAGAGCAGCACUAUCCGCACCUUCUGUGAGCGCAUUUACCCUCAGGACUCCUUCAUAACCUGGGUGGUCACGUUCCGCUUCCAGCACAUCUUGGUGGGCUUCGUGCUGCCCGGGCUCGUGAUUCUCAUCUGCUACUGCAUCAUCAUCUCCAAGCUGUCGCGCGGCUCCAAGGGCACGCAGAAGCGCAAAGCGCUCAAGACCACUGUGGUUCUGAUCGUGUGCUUCUUCGUCUGCUGGUUGCCUUAUUGCGGGGGGAUCCUGUUGGACACGCUGAUGAUGCUGGAGGUGAUUCCUCACAGCUGCGAUCUGGAGCAGGGUCUGCAGAAGUGGAUCUUUGUGACGGAAGCGCUGGCGUACUUUCACUGUUGUCUCAACCCCAUCUUGUACGCCUUUCUCGGGGUGAAGUUCAAGAAAUCCGCCCGCAGUGCUCUCUCCCCAAGCCGGGGCUCCAGUCUGAAAAUUCUGCCAAAGAAGAGAGGAGGGAUGUCAUCUGUAUCCACAGAAUCCGAGUCCUCCAGCUUUCACUCUAGUUAACACGAACACAAGCGCAUACACACCUUGGACAAUGCAUAUGAUGUUGAUAUGAACUUACCAGGUCAUAAAAAAUUCCAAAGAAUAUAGAAAACAGGCUGAGCCUGAUUGAAAUGUUGCUAUAAUGUAAAUAUAGGCUAUGUCUGCCAGUAUGGCUCUCAUGCUGCAUUUUGAUUCCAGUGUUACUGUAAAUUCUCUCUUCAUAGUAAGAAGAUAUGAAAUUUGUGUGCAAAAUGUUUACUGUACAUACUGUAUCAUUUAUGUAAAUACUUUUUAACUGGUUCCUUUUUGCACUUAUGUAGACCAUUGCAUUUAUUUAUUGCAUAAUAAACCAGUUACAGACUGAA